AUGACAUCAAGUAUAUCUGAUGGAUACAAUCACGGCGGGAGCAAGCGUCGCCUGUUCGGCUCGUGCGACGGCCGACGGCAUCUCUAUUGCAUGCGCAGUGCUUCGGUCAAGUCGGUGCGACAACAGCAGCAGCAGCAGCAGCAGCAGCAGCAGCAGCAGCUGUACCUGAGCUCAGCCAAGGAUGGGGAGAGGCGUAAGUCGUUGUCCACGCCCAGCUUGCGCGUCACGGAGGCGACGCUGCGCAGAUCGAAUGAGAGCAAGAGCCUGGAGAGCAAGAAGCGCGUGGUGAAGAUGCUGUUCGUGCUGGUGCUGGAGUUCUUCAUCUGCUGGACGCCGCUGUAUGUGAUCAACACGCUGAGCAUGUUCAUCGGUCAGGCGCUGUACGAGUACAUUGACUACACGACGAUCAGUUUUCUGCAGCUGCUGGCCUACUCCUCCAGCUGCUGCAAUCCGAUUACCUAUUGCUUCAUGAACGCCAGCUUCCGGCGCGCCUUUGUGGACACCUUCAAGGGCAUGCGGCUGUGCAAUGGGGGACGUUUCGGGUUCUGUCGUCGGCGCUCCAACAACAAGACGAACUUGUCCGUGGCCGGUAAUUCGAUUGCGCUGGCCAAUUCGGUGAUGUCUAGCCACACCAUACUGGAGAGUCCGCGACUCUGAGGCAGUCGACGUCAGCAGACGUCAAUGAAGCUGCGUUCGCUGAGAGAUAGAGAUAGAGAUAGGGAUAGGGAUAGGGACAGGGAUGUGCGUGUGGGCAAUGGCACGAACGAGGGGCUAAUGGAGACGGAGUCGCUGUAGAGUAGACUAGACCCCUAGAACUAUGUAUGUGAUGUGCAAGAAACUGAAACUGUGGUUGUCAACGAUUCUACUCCAAGUAAGUUGUGCUUUGGCAUGGAU